AUGGGGAACCCAUUUGCGAAAAUGCCCCAAGCUGUAGUUUUUAACGACACCCUUCUCAAGUAUGCGAGCCUGGAUAUUGGGGAGCCUCACUUGAGUAAGGAGGUUGAUGAGCUGUUAGAAGAUAUCAUAUUGACCUUAGAAUCAGGCAAGUUUAACCUGCUCUGGCUGAGUUUCCGGAGGUAUUUGCGUGAUUGGUUUCGUAAUAGGAAGCUUCAGACUGAUUCUAUGAUUGGUUUGUUGCAUGGAGUAAAAGUUUUGAUUGAUAAGCACAAUGGGAAAUCGGAACUGGAGAAGGAAAUGUACAUUUCUUGUGCAGUUGUGGGGAAUAGUGGGAUUUUAUUGAAUAGUGAGUAUGGCAAGGUGAUUGAUGGCCAUGAGGUUGUGAUACGAUUGAAGAAUGCAAGAACUGGAGGGUUUGAGAGGAAUGUGGGCUAA